UUUUCCUAAUUCCGAAAGAAAAGUGGCAGUAUUACGUUUGCUGUGCGGUGAGAGAGUGAAUGAAUAUAAAAUAGAGAGAGAGGCCUGGCAGACUCUUCUUCGUUCUUUCUCCUCUUCCUCACUCAUUAUCACCUCUUAUUGUCAUCUCAUCCAUCUCAAUCUUGACGACAUCAAAGCUCCGCAGCACGAUGGCGCUCACCACCCAUCUGGUAACAGACACCCAUCACCUUGCCCAGAACUUGACCCUGGACACAGGAUUGACUUCUUUGUCAAAACCCAAGGAUCUUGUCCUCGGUCUUGGUUCCAUUGUGAUGAUCACCAUCAUUGCUCAGUGGAUCAUCACUACUUACAAGUUCUGGCAAUACCCUUUCUUCAACAGGGCCUCCUUCUGGAACCCUUCCCAGGCAAAGGACAACUUCCUCGCCAAUGCUCAGAAAUUGCUUAUUGAUGGCUUUUCCAAGGUAUGUUUGACCUCUUCCCAUAUCGAGUUGAAGGUUCUUCUCACAAGAGUAUAGGCUCCCAAAGGUUACAUCAUGGAUACCGACAUGGCUCGCACUCUCAUUCUCUCUCCUGAGUAUGCAAACGAGAUUCGUAGUGACCCCCGUUUGAGCUUUAGAAAGCACAAUACAAAGGAUUUCCUCGGCCAUCUUUUCACCUUCGAACUCUUCCAGGAUCGCGGAAAGUUCGGCGAGAAGAUCAAUGACAUGGUGCGCACAAAGCUAACGCAGUCACUUGGACUUAUCACCAAAGAUGUCUCUAACGAGAUGGCUGAUGUCAUUCAUCACCAAUGGUCUGAAGAUGCUGAUUGGCACUCCAUCAACCUCAAGAAUACCAUGGUCGAGGUCGUUGCUCAAGUCUCUUCACGUGUCUUCCUUGGACCAGGGCUGUGCCGGAACAAGGAGUGGUUGCGUAUUACCAUCGACUACACCCUCCUAAUCUUCGAUGCAAUUAGGACAGUCAAACGCUAUCCCAAGUUCUUGCAUCCUCUUGUUCAAUGGGUCUUGCCUGAACCCCGCAAGGUUCGUUUCCAUAUGGCUGAGGCACGUCGUAUCAUCCAACCUGUCAUCGAUCAGCGCAAGGCAGAGAUGGCAUCCGACAAGGCUACCAAGCACAACGAUGCAAUUCAGUGGUUGCUUGAAAUCUCUACUGGUACUGAAUACGAUAUUGCGCUCGCUCAACUUGCUCUUUCCAUGGCAGCCAUCCACACCACCGGAGACAUGAUCACUCAAGUCAUCUAUGACAUUUGCGAGCAUCCUGAACUGAUCCAACCAUUGCGUGAAGAGAUCAUCGCUGUCAUGGGCACAGACGAAUUCAAGCGUACCUCUCUGUACAAUCUCAAACUCAUGGACAGCGUUAUGAAGGAGAGCCAGCGUUUGAAACCUGCCGGAAUGAUCUCCAUGCGCCGGGUCGCUACCGAAGAGGUCAUCCUUCACGAUGGUCGCCGUAUCCCCAAGGGCAGCAUGGUCGCCAUCUCUGGACACUGGAGCUGGGAUGAGACCUUCUAUGAGAAUCCUGAACAGUUCGAUGGCUAUCGCUUCCUCAAAUUGUCCAAGAGCCCCGCAACCGAACAUAUGUCUCACUUCGUUUCCACCAGCCCUCAGCAUCUGGCUUUCGGUUAUGGAAAGAAUGCUUGUCCUGGACGCUUCUUCGCCGCGAAUGAAGCCAAGAUUGCUCUCGUUCACAUCCUGCUCAAGUAUGACUUCAAGUUGGACGAGACUACUCCACCACCCAAGGUCGUCAAAAUUGGUUGGAUGAUGGCGUCUGAUUCUCAGGCAAAGCUUCUCGUCCGUCGCCGCAAGGAGUUUUCUCUUGAUUAG